AUGUCUAGAUCGCCAAAACGGAAUGCCAUCAUCAUGGAUGAGCAUAACUGGCCUCUGGCCGACAUCCCCACCCCCCAAAUAAUGCUUUCCGCUUCGCCCUCUAUCAAAGCGGUGGACAGGACGGAAACUUUCACAGCUCACAUGGACGACAUGGAUCGAGAGAACCUUUCCCUAUCUGGUUUCCACUUCUCAACCGGCGAUGCGCAAGUCAGUGCUGCUGAGUUCCAUCGCAUUGCGGCCCGACUACUAGCUGGGGAAGAACAGAACAUUGACGAAAACGAUGAGGAAGAGACACCUCGUGUACCGUCUAUCCCGCGACAUCUUCACUGCGAUUUGGGCAAAGAUCUUUCCGGACGACACUGCUGCUCAUGUGGGAAGUCGUACUCCACUGCAUUUCGCCUGACCGAACACAUUCGACGAUGUGCUGGUAUCAACAACUACCCUUGCCACAUCUGCGAUAAGAUAUUCUCAACACAGGAAGCAUUGAGUCGACACAUCACCAUCAAGCACCACGACGACAAGGAACCUUGCCCGGAGUGUGGCAUCAGGUUCCCAUCAAACUAUUUACCCAAGCACCUAGCGACCGGGCUCGGUGGCUGCGACAGCACCGUGCAGGCGACUUUCACACCGCAGCUCGAGGAGCAGACAUGCCAUCGCCAGCCCACAUCUCAGCGCUACUGGGUCAUUGACGGUGACCACAGCUGGACCACGCAUAGCGCCCAUGACUCAGGGUACGUUGCUGCCGAUGCAGAUGAUGCGACAGGUCAGACCAUGUCCUUCGUCACUCGCCUGUUACAACGACCCAUGGCAUCGCCCAACACAGUCCACUGCGACCUCUGCGGAGAUGAGUUCCCAUCCGAUGGCGACGCACUUGUUGAACACCUUGGCCAACACUCCGUAGACUUCAGCGAGAAGAGACAUAAGUGCGACGACUGCCGCAUCUACUUCGCCAACGAGCGAGACCUGAACCGACAUCUGCAAUCCGCAAACCUCACAAAACACUGUGGCUUCACAUUCCGACACAAUGGACCUUGCAAUGGCCACCACCCUCCCACGUAUUCCAAAUUGUCCAUCACCAACGACCACGCUCUAAUGCAAAGACAUCUCUGGGCAUGGGAGCUGAGCCAGUUCCGAACACAUCGUGUCGCCGUUGCGACUAUCCUGGCCGAGACCCUCAACGGCUCUGCCGAUCCCCACAUGAGCCUGGCGGAUUGCAAGCGUACCUACGAAUCCAUGCUUCCACACUUCGCCGCUGCCAACUCCGACGGCACACAAUCUCGCUGGUCCUCAAGUCAACGUGACAGCGCUAUUGACAUGGACUCCCUCGAUGCACACUUCAGCAGAGUCAUCGACGACAUUGAUGCACAACGAGCACUCACUGCCGCUCAACUCGAGUUCAAUGCUCUACACCAGAACUCCGACCGCCCAGACUCCGGCAUCAUCAUGCAAGCUUCAAGAGUAUCUUUCCAUCGAUACAACCGUCGGGACUCACUGGCUCCGGCUUCUGCCGAGAAGCCUACGAACACAACUGAGCGACCUUCAAGUAUUCGAAAGUCACUACUAGAAAAGACUCUUCGCAAAGUCGCCUCAGAAGAAAACAACGCUCGCGCCGCCGCCGCUACAGCAGCCGUCAAGCGAGCCGCUCUCGGACACAAACGUUACGCCCUCAGCGCUUCUGGUUUCGCCCUCUUGAGGCAAAGAGCAGAACUCGAAGAGCGACCGAAUACCGCACCAGGUAUGGGGAUGAAAGUCGCUGCUGCCACGGCGUGCUAA